AUGUCAAAUUAUAGUAAGAAAGUUGAUGUUAGUGUUGAACAAAUUCGUGCAAUAUAUGGUCAAUUAUUGGAAUCGUUACAAGAACAAGUUUUAGAAUCAUUACCAAAUAAUAAUAGCAUAAAUGAUAAUAUAUCAUCUAAUAAGUCUUUGAAAGAGAUACAGAUAUAUAUACAAGAAUAUUUAUUACGUGUAAUGGAAAUGUCAUCUGGUUCUUUAAAUAUAGUCAACCUUGAUGAUAACAGUAACAACGACAAUGAUAUGAGUGGAAUGUUGACAGAUACACAACAAAAAUAUGUUGAACCCUUUGAUAUUGAAUUAAAUGAACAAGUGCGACAAAAAUAUCAAGAAUGGGAAGAUCUAACAGUGAAAGUUGCGCAUUUAAGACGAGAUGGUCCUGAAACAAUAAAUAAAGUAUAUCAAACAGGAGCUACAUCAAUGUUAGAUUCAUUAGAUGCACGUAUACAUGAGACGCUGAAUAACAGUAAUAAUGAAGAUAAUAAAAAAAAUAUUGAUGCCCCUUCACAAAAUGAUUUAAACCGAGCAAUAAAACCACUUAAUGAUUACGGUGAAAUAUUAACUGACUUACACUCAACAAAAGAACAAAUACCUAAUACUCGUGCAGAUUUAGCUAAGAUCAAGACUUUAUUAGCAUUCCUACAACAAGAUCAAACUUGA